AUGACACAUCACCACUGGAUUGAAGAGCGCCCUCCCUUCGACUUUCUCAUCGAUUUUGACCAGGUUCCUAUGGCAAAGUUCUCCUUUCACACCGGCAGCAUUUGUAAAAUGCGGUCACGCUCCGUCUUUGAAUGGGAUGCAGGGCUAUGGCUUGCUUGUAAAGAGUCUAAUUUUGUUAUCAAUCGGCAUUUCCACCCUCAACAAUGGAUGCGACGCGGCAGAAAAUUGCUUCCGGACGGCACUAUCCCGAAUCGUUCGCAAUGCUUCAGUGUGCUUAGAUCGGUCAGGGACGCAUGGGUUGCCGAGGAGAACAUAAGUAGUCUUUACGUCCCGAAGAAUGGAGAUGGCAAGGCCGUGGUUACAUGA